AGGCCAAAUUAAUGAACUUCGCUUCACUUUACGAAGUGGACGGAAUCUUCAAACGACGCACCACAGCUAUAUUAACAGAUUCGCUGCAAAGGAAGUUACUGGCCGUGUGAAAAAUGUUGCUGCGCAAGUAAUUAUCGAUCGACUUCAAAAUUUUGCCCUAUUGCUGAACGCAUCACGAGGUUCAAGAAAGUUUCAUGAUUCGAGGAAGACUCCGAAAUAGGCCACGUAAACUAAUCAUGUGCAGCUUAUGGAUCAGUUUCUUCAUGGUAAUUUUGGAGACACAAGCGUUUAGGAUAACUGUGAACUUAACUGAUGGCCCAGGAUCGUAUGCUGGCCGAGUAGAAGUGAAGUACAAUGGAAACUGGGGUCGAGUCUGUGAUUACGGUAUAAACAUAAAUGUUGGCCACGUGAUAUGCAGACAGCUUGGUUACCCACAAGCCAUUGCCACCCCAUGUAAUAAUGCUUUUGGGCCUGGAAAUACUUGCUAUGGGAUGACCAGUGUCAGAUGUGAUGGAAAUGAAAGCAGCUUGGCUGAGUGUGAUUACAACUGGGAAAGAGCUCCUUGUACAAAGGGGCUUAAAGGUGCUUUGGGAGUGGUCUGUGAAAAACUCAACAUGACAGUCACUCAUCCCUUACCACUUCGUCUCGCCCACGCCUCAGUACCUUACGCUGGGUGCGUUCAAGUGGAAUACGCAGGGAUCUGGGGCCAGAUUGGGAUGUUCGGCUGGGAUCAAGAAGAUGGCCGCGUCGCCUGCAGACAGCUUGGGUACCCAGAUGUAUUGACAGUUCUGUAUAAAUGUUUUUACCCGCCACGUUACUUCACGUUAACCUGGAUGGACAGUGUGAAAUGCACUGGCAACGAACUGUCUUUGUCAAACUGUACCUAUGAACUGAUCACAUACAGAAGUGCGCAUUGGACUAAUGCUGGAGUGGUUUGUAAAAAUAAUAGCGAAACAG